CAUAUUAAUAGCAUUUCUCCAUUUCAAGAAAAAAUUUGAUGCUAACGCUGUUACGCAGAAUUUGUGCAUAAAAUUAAACAAAAAUCUUUAUAUUGAUACAUUGAUAUUUUUCUUAUUACCAACGGUCAAUGAUUGUAAAAAAAUUUUAAUUGGAUACUACAAUGGCUGACCGCCUUACACAAUUGCAAGACACCGUUAAUCAGCAAGCCGAGAACUUCUGCAAUGCUAUUGGUGUAAUUCAACAAACCUCUUUUCCGAGUAAAUUUGUUAAUUUUGAACGCAUUGGACCCCAAACGCCAAACUCGUGUCAGCCGCAAGAAGAUUAUGCCCAACUAUUUGCACAGUUAAUUGCUCGAUGUGCUAAAGACAUCGACACCUUAAUUGAGUCGCUUCCAAAUGAAGACAGCUCCAUUGAACUUCAAAAUUCUAGCCUUAAGAGACUUGAGAUCGAAAACCAAGAAACUGCAAAAGACCUUGAGGAAGUAGUGCAAAAAGGCGAACUUUUGCUAGAAAAAAUGCAGUAUGCUUUGGAAAGCAUUGCUCAGGCUCAAUUAGAUAUGCAAAUAACACUUAAACAUGAUUUACAAUAGGCGCAAAUCUAACUUUUAAUAUAAAGGCAUAAUUAGUUUUAAAA